CCUACACAUUUUCAUCAACACCUCUCCAACAAUCAUUUAAUCAUGGCAUCUCAUCAUCACUCACUUCUUUCUUUGGCUGCAUCAGCAACUACGUUCUCCGUUAUCUUGCUUUGUUGCUUCACUCUCAUUGAGGCUCUCAAUGGAGGCUUUAGCGUGGAUCUCAUCUAUCGCGACUCUCCGGACUCUCCCUUCUAUAACGCUUCUGAAACUCAUUCGCAGCGCGUAGCCAAGGCCUUGCGGCGUUCCAUUAACCGUGUCAAUCAUUUUAAGCCAAGUUCUUCAGUCUCUCCCAAUUUAGCCCAAACAGAUAUAAUCUCAAAUAGUGGCGAAUACCUCAUGAAAUACUCAGUUGGUACGCCACCAGUGGCAAUACUAGGCGUUGCUGAUACUGGUAGUGAUUUGAUAUGGCUACAGUGUAAACCUUGCACUGAGUGCUAUAAUCAAGCAGCUCCAUUUUUUGAUCCUAAGAUGUCCACAACCUACAAAAGCGUUUCUUGCACUUCAUCACAAUGUGAGUCUCUAAGGAAAACAUCAUGCUCCAACGAUGGAACAAGUUGUCAAUAUUCCGUCUCUUAUGGAGACCAGUCAUUCUCAAACGGAGACCUUGCUGUAGACACUUUCACUCUGGGAUCAACUACAAGCGAUAAUCCUGUGUCUCUCCCUAAAACUAUCAUAGGGUGUGGACAUGAUAAUAAUGGUCACUUUGACGCCAAAGGUUCGGGCAUUGUUGGCCUUGGAGGCGGCACGGUUUCCCUUGUUUCCCAAUUGAGUUCUUCUAUUAGAGGCAAGUUCUCCUAUUGCUUGGUGCCAUUAACUUCAAGAGACAAAAAAUCAAGCAAAUUGAAAUUUGGUAGUGACGCCGUGGUUUCGGGUCCUGGAACCGUGUCUACUCCCUUAGUCCCCAAAAGUCCAGACACCUUCUAUUUCCUAACACUCGAAGCAAUGAGUGUUGGCAGCAAAAGAUUAGACUUGAGCGGUUCUUCUGGCUCCGGAGACUUAGAGGGCAAUAUUAUCAUUGAUUCAGGCACAACAGUGACAACGUUGCCAACAGAAUUCUACUCCGAGUUUGAAUCAGCAGUAGCAGAAGAAAUUGAUUUAGAGCGCGGUGAUGACCCGAGUCAGUUUCUAAGUCUUUGCUACAAGCCCACAUCAGAUUCUAUAGAAAUUCCUAGUAUCACAGCUCAUUUCACUGGUGCAAAUGUGAAGUUAAAUCCAGACACCACCUUCGUUCAAAUAAAUGAGGAACUUUUGUGCUUGGCUUUCCGUGCUAAUCAAGAUGUUACCAUCUUCGGUAACUUGGCCCAGUCCAAUUUGUUAGUAGGCUAUGACCUUGUGAAGAAAACUGUAUCUUUCAAGCCAACGGACUGCACCAAGCUCUAAGCUGGAAAUUAAAACUGCAUCUUUAUUUAAUUUUAUCUAUCAUUUAAAUAAGCAUGCAUUGGGUGGGUUCCAUGUGCCUAUAUAUGUGUUCUUGGCUUUUGCUGGAGACCACGGUUUUAGCAUGGGAUUGAUACAUAUAUGCUGCCUUCAGUUCUAGUAUGGAGAUGGAUGCAAGAAAUGUUGGAUAUGAUCCUGAUGUAAUGUUGUUUGAAAUAGAAAACAAAAUGGUGCCUGUUGAUUUUUUUUUUAUUUUU